AUGUUUCGAACACCGGAAAAAUGCAAUUCUGAUUCCAACCUGCCUAAGAUCCCCGACGACAAAGAAACAUCGCCUCCCAGUUUUGUCAGCUCACGAAUUAAGAGAAAGCGCUCCGAAGAAAUUCUGACUGAUUUAGCGGACUUUAAGGCAGAAAUGAAGGAGAUGAUUACUUCAUGGAUGGAUCAGCAAAACAGCGAAAGAACAGAAAUAACAUCUGUGUUGAGAUCCAUAGAGGAAUCACUGACCUUUCUCUCAAUCAAAUACGAUGACAUGUGUAAAAAAGUGGACCUUAUGGAGCAAGAGAGGCAUAAACAGAAGGAAUAUAUUACUAUACUUGAAAAUAAGGUGGAAAAUAUCAUGAAAGCCCAACGUAAAUGUUCAUUUGAACUGAAAAAUGUCCCAAGAUCGGAAAAGGAAUCCAAAGAAAUGUUGUUGAGCAUGACGCGUUCACAUGAACACGGGCGCGGUACGGUAUUGCGAGCGCAAAUACCAUUAGACAGCCAACAGCAAAUCAUAGGGGAACGGACGGACGAUUGUUGUAGAAUGUCUGUCGAAAUCGAUGUUAAUGUGUUGAUCUCGCUAGUUGAAGCGCGUCAUACUUUAUGGGAUAAAACCAUCGCGUCUUAUAAAAACAGGAAUGAGACAAAAGAAGCGUGGAAAGAAGUAUGUAUAGGAUUAAAUAGUAGUUUCGAAGAAUUAGAUGAUAAUGAAAAGAAUAAGUUUGAGAGUAGCCUACCCACUGAUCGGGUCGAAAAACUUUUAAGAGGAAAUAAUGUUGAAGACAGUACGGAAAGCAAUUGUAGCAGCCAGUUUAAAUCACCACCACCGCCUCAACAACAGCCCGGUUCACGUAAGCGAAAGACAGAUGAAAUUGACAAAAAAAUUGUUACAUAUUUUAGAGAAGCGGAGGACCGGCAUGUGUUUUUUUUUAAAGAAAUAGUAUCUUCAUUGUCAUCAUUCAAUGAAGACGAAAUAAUUAAAUUCCAAAUGGGAAUAUUACAACUAAUAACGACCAUUAAACAAAGUCGUCUUAAUGCACCGCAACUUCAAUCUUUUACUACCCAAGUAUCCCGGCCGACACUAUCUCAAUCGCCGUUACCUGGUCCAUCUAGAAUUUACUAUGAACCUCGAGGAAUACAAAAACAAACAGAAGGAAAAAUGAUAUCACCAAGUACACGUCAAUAUUAUGAGCACUUCUAUUCCGAAAAUCCAUCUUCGAACGACUCUCAAUCAUCCUACGCAGGCUCCGACUUCUCUGAGAUUGAUUUUGCCGACUGA